CCCGACCAUCCCGGCCACAAUUCACCCAUCAUCCUAUACUAGUCUUUUUCCGCCCAAGCAAAUAAGUGUACUGUGUUUGCUUGUUCGUUCCAUGAUAUGGCUGCAACAACUACAGAUAGCUGUGUAGGAAACGGAAGCAGUAAAUUGGGAAGGGAAGAGAUUCAAGACGCCAUUGCCAAAGCGGCGGAGCUGAGGGCCCUCCAUGCCGCUCUGGUGCUGGGCGGUGGCAGCCCAGCAAGUCUCAGAUUCUCUACCGCUUCAUCACCUCAUCAUCUUCCUCACUUCUCCGCUCAGGAUUACCCUGUUUUCACUCCUAGUUAUGAUGAGGAGGGGCCAUUGCCAGGCUACAAACAUCUGCAGCUAGAAAACAACCUAAACUACGCUGAAACUUGCGACGAAUAUAGCGUUGGAGGAGGAAAAGGAACCGAAAGUGGAAACGUAUCGGUGAAAUCAGAUUAUUAUUAUUACUACCAGAAACCAAAAUCUUCCUUAAGAAAUGCAUUUGCUGCUACUUCUGCCAACACAGAAUCACCCAACAGUUUUGCUGACCAGCAGAGUGUAGUCCACGGAGCCGCCGAAUUCAGCAAGAUUGGAAAGAAUCCUUGUAACGUUGUUGUGCCACUAUCAGACUCUUCUGCUCAACCGCAGCAACCAAAGAACAAAGGGUUGAUUUUCUCUUGGCUGAGGAAGAAAAUCAAGAAUGAAUUUUCACCGCUAAGGACGGCGUCGGAAUCAGAGGAUAUAGGAUCGACAUCCAUAGAAGCAUUGAAGAAGGAGGUGAUGGCAGCGAAUGAGGACAGAGACGCAGCGCUGAUGGAAGUUGCAGAAACGAAAUCUUCUAUCGGGGAAAUCAGGGGGAAAUUGGAGUACUUGGAGAGAUACUGUGGAGAGCUUAAGCAGGCGUUGAGGCUAGCAAUUCAAUCAUCAUCAAAGGAGGACUCGCCAGUGAAGCUAAUUAAUAAGAGUCUUCCAAGAAUUGUGGAAGGAGGAAACUCAAUGCCAGUGAGCGAGGAAGUAAUGUUGGAGGGCUUCUUGCAAGUCGUGUCGGAGGCUAGACAAUCGGUUAAGCAAUUCUGCGAAACUCUUAUUUCCCACACAACUACUGUCGAGACUAAUAACGACAAUGCUUCCUUAACGGAUAACUUGAACCUUCUGCUCCAACCGUAUAGACUGACCCUCCAUUCAAAGUAUUCAAAGGCUGUUCUAUACCAUUUGGAAGGCAUCAUAAACCAGACCUUGUACGAGGAUUUCGAGAAUUGCUCGUUUCAGAAGAACGGAGCCCCAAAGCAUUUGAGUCCAGAACAAGAACGACACUCGCAAUUCUCAUCGUUUGCGGCAUUAAGGAGCCUUAGUUGGAAUGAAGUGUUAAAAAGGGGGACAAAGUAUUACAGUGAAGAGCUCAGCAGGUUUUGUGAUCAGAAAAUGAGUUCCAUUAUCACUGCCCUUAAGUGGAACAGGCAAUGGCCCGAGCGGCUUCUCCAAGCCUUCUUCGUGUCUGCUAAGUGCAUUUGGCUGCUGCAUUUGCUGGCGUUCUCAUUCUGCCCGCCUGUGGUAAUCCUCAGAGUUGAAGAGAACAGACCAUUUGAUUCUCAUUUCAUGGAUGAUGUUUUCGGGGAUAGACAAAAAUCUCAAGGUCCAAGUCGGGUUAAGGUCAUGGUCAUGCCUGGGUUUUACGUGCACGACAGAGUACUGAGGUGUAAGGUCAUCAGUAGGUACAAAUCGGCAGCCUAGAACUACUGCAUUUUUACAUUUCAUGGUCAUGCGAAUUGCUAUGCUAUCUAACCUAGCUUUAAGUAGUCCAAUUUUACUCUCUUCCUCCCAUAUCUUUCCUCCUAUUUUGAUUUUUGUAUUCAACGUUUUUAAACUUUGAUCGCAAAUUAAGUAAAACAUACAUUGAAUUGUGAUAUAAAUUUAUUAUCAAUAG